ACUUCAGAUCAGCUGCAUCAGCCCGCCGUCCAGUGUCUGCCUGCCCGGCGUCGGCGCACGAAUCUGACCGCGGAUCAGCCCUUCCUCUGCAACUGUCGGCUGCAGGUCGCCAAGUCACAUCCACGGAGGAGCGAGCGAGGACGGACUGAGCCGGAGACGCUGCUGGAGCUGGAGCAGCGCUGUCUGAGAAGCGACGCAGAGUCACCGAAGAGCGGAGCCAGUUCGCCCGCAGAGGAGAGCCAGGUGUCCCCGUACGUCUUACGGGCUUCUGUCGCCUCGGCUCCGCGGAGCUUCCACGUUUGAACGGAGCUAGCGGAAUGUAAUGCUAACGGCUAGCUAACGUUAGCUGGCUAAUUAGCCCGUCGGACUGUGACCGGAUCAAAUUAGCUCCGACUCCGCUCACUUUUCCGGGGAAAAGACUGCGUUCAAUCCGCUUUGUUCGGCGGCUCCCCCGCGGCCGUUAUGCGCAGCUCCGACUAGCGGACACCAAGUUGGCUUUGGAUGAAUCGCUAGAGUCGGUUCGGAAUCGUCUUGCUGGAAAAGCCGAAUCAACGGUUCCGUCGGGAGAUUUGUGCGCAGCCCGAUGUUAAUGUCGACCGACGUCGCAGCGAUCAUGCUUCCCGUCAACCGGGGGAUCUUGGACCGGGAGAGGGAGCUGGACUCUGCCGCGGGACCUCACUCCGGCGCGGCCGGCGGUCCAGCUGCUGUCCGGGGGAUGAAGCGAGGGGACCCCGAGCCGGACGCUCAGACCGCCGCCGCCGCGCUGGCGGACCUGUCCGGGGCGGAGUGCAAGAGAGCGCGGAUAGACGGCUCCGUGGUGGGAGACAUCGGACAGAACAAUGAGCCGCUGAACCCUGGUUUCCAUGGUUACGCCGCUCACACGCAGGGUUCUCAGGAUUCCUCUGGAGCACCCGAUGGUCUGGUUGCCCCGCCCUUCUCAGCGUUUCCUCCUCCUCCCCCUCCCCAAAAUGGUUUACCCGGGGCAGAGUUUGGAGCGGCGGCCAUGUUUGGUGCAGGCCAAAGUGCGGCUGAGAUGGGGCCCGCGAAUGGCGUCGCUGCGGCCAACCCCAGCUCCGGCGGGAAGUCAGAGGAGGGGUCCCAGGGUGAAGCUGGGGUGCAGUGCAGCACAGGGAGGACAUCGGUGGGGUCCCCGGGCGACUCCUCAGAAGCAAAAGGGACACCCAAACGCCUCCAUGUGUCCAACAUCCCCUUCCGCUUCCGAGACCCCGACCUGAGGCAGAUGUUUGGGCAAUUUGGGAAAAUUCUGGACGUAGAGAUCAUUUUCAAUGAGCGCGGCUCCAAGGGUUUCGGCUUCGUGACGUUCGAGAACAGCGCAGAUGCUGAGAAAGCUCGGGAGAAGCUUCACGGCACGCUGGUGGAAGGUCGUAAGAUCGAGGUGAACAACGCCACAGCCAGAGUGAUGACCAACAAGAAGAUGGUGAGCCCGUAUCCAAACGGAGAGGCCCUCAGCGCGCUGCCCUACGCGGGCUGGAAGCUGAGUCCAAUGGUGGGGGCGGUGUACGGGCCUGAGAUCUACGCCGUUCCAGGGUUCCCCUACCCCUCGGCGGCGGCCGCCGCCACCACAGCAGCAGCCGCCGCAGCCUUCCGUGGCGCCCACCUACGAGGCCGAGGUCGGCCAGUCUACAGCGCUGUACGGGCGGCGGUGCCUCAGGCCGCCAUCCCUGCCUACCCUGGUGUGGUGUAUCAGGAUGGGUUUUACGGAGCGGCCGACUUGUAUGGCGGGUACCCUGCUGCUGCCGCCGCCGCUGCCGCAGCCUACCGCUAUACACAGCCAGCCGCCGUAACCGGAGCCACCGCGGCAGCUGCUGCCUACAGUGACAGCUACGGUCGAGUCUACACCACGGACCCGUAUCACGCUUUAACCCCAGCUGCUGCGGCGUACGGCGUCGGAGCCAUGGUGAGAAGACAACACUCAUAUACACACGACACGCACACACACACACACCUCUCUGACUCUCUGACCUCUCUCCCUCCGCAGGCCAGUCUGUACCGGGCCGGCUACAGCCGCUUCGCUCCGUACUAGAGCCUCUAACCGAGGGACCCCAGGCUCUGGUCUGGCAGGAGAACCACCCCCACAUCCUUCUGCUGGAGGACAGAAGUGACUCUCACAUCUCCUUUUUUAUUCACCCGGGUGAGGAUCUCCGCCACGACACGGAGGCAACAAACUGCCAAGAGACUCACGUACGGUCCACGCCAGAGCGUCCGCGACUUCAGGGCACAGCUCUGACCCCCGUGUGGUCUGACCCUCCCCCCCGCUGCGACCCCUCCGUUCACGACUCAGCUGCAUGUUCCAAACAUCGCUUCACCCCUCAAACCGGCCAGAACCCAGCCAGACCUCCAUCCCAGCUGACUUGGAGUCCAAACAUUUCAGUCCAAAAAUGACAAAGAAAAUCACUUUCUGCAACGGCUGCUUCUGUCAGCCUCAGGCAGCCUCACCUGAGAGCUUGGACCAAGGAUCUGCUGCUUCUUCCUCCAACAUUUCUGCUCUGAAACACUCGGUCUGAGGCUGAAGACUCAGGUCUGGUGGACCAGGAUGGCUGGCUCCUCCAUCUUCUUAACACUAAAGCCAGACUUCUCCAUCUUCUGCUGGGAGGGAGUCCCCUCUGCCCAACUUUGGUUCUGGGAGAACGAUAAUCUCACCUGUUUGUCGACAGGAAGAAGCUGUUUCAUUUUUUUAACUUCGUUAAGCAGCUCCGGCACUUUUGGAAUCCGUCACGUUUAUAUUGAGCGGGAAGAAAAAAGCCAAAUUAUCAAAUGGGAUGCUGAGUAAAGGGUGAAGCCGUUCGUCCCCCACUAGGGGGCGCCGCUGCUGCGACAGCUCCUCCGAGGGCCGACAAGUAUUCCGACGAGCGUUACCUCUUGUUUUGUUAUUAUCCUUAUGAGUAUUAUCAGAAGUGUUGCUAUGCAUGCGUUUGUGCGAGCGGUGGCUUGAUGAGUUUCUUUUUUAAAAUAUGUGCAUGUUUCAAAUCGAAGUGCUGGAGGGGGAGAGAGAGAGAGAGAGGGAGGGAGGCAGGGGUGAGGUUUAUAUUGCGGCGGGGGAAACGGAAGCUGGAGUCGAGUGUCGGAUGAAGCUCUCUAAAGAAGUCAGGUACACCACUUUCCCCUCCGCUGACGGUGGGUUUCUGCAGACCCUUUUGGACCUUUUCUACGGCGGGUCGGGCCGAAGGAGAACUCCGGCGCCGGGCUCCGCCGCGGCCCACUCGACUGCAGCUCUCAGCUUCGUCCUCGCGCGCUUUGCUCUGCAUCCUCGCUGCUCUGCCCAGGUGGAUCGUUGGUUCACGGAGGAUGUCGCCCGUCCCGCGACCUCUGACCCCCCCGGCGUAGCUCCAGUCGGACCAGUUUUUGUACAGGGACUGAGUAAGUGCAUGACGAUUCUGGUGGGUCACAUGCUCCAUUUAUCAAUUGAUAUUAUUUUCAGUACGUGUUUCCUCUCACCAAGUUUUUCUUUCACAACCUCGUGUCUGCUUCUGUUUACUCUCAUUAUUAUUGAAUGUAUAUAAUAAACUUUUGGUUUUUAUACUCGUCGAUUAGUGACAAUGUUUUUAUUCUAUCUGUGUUUCUGUGACUUUAUGUAAAUUAGGAUCUAAAAGCAGAAGUAUGGUCUGAUAAAAUG